CAAAUAUAUGUAUAUGCUUUCUUUAUGCAUGUGUCGCGUAUGUGCAUGUGUAUAAUUUAUGUAUAACAUGUAUCACUGUAUGUAUAGUAUAUAGGACUAUAGUGUUGUGUGCCAUUGUGGCCAGUUCAGUUGUCAAACUGAAGAAUAAAAACUGGGUCAUAAGUACUUAACAAGCGAAUAUAUUUCAUAUGUUCCCAUUUUCGAUUUAGGUAUAGUCAAUUGUUAUCGUUGCUAAAAUAAUUUUAUUUUGUGGAGUUAUAUCUCUUGAAGUGGAAGCUCAAAAUCUCCAGUUUUUUGGUUUAAUGAGCUACAUAAUGAGCCUGUGCUAGCAGACAAGCGCGUCAACGUCAACUUGGAACUCGCGCCUAUAUACUCGCCUGUUUUACUUUGGACACAUUUGUUGAAAGUCAUUAGCUAUAAGUAGCAGAGUUCUAAUGAGUUUUUAAAGAACCUCAAUUGGAUUGGUCCCGCACUCGAAAAUCGUUGACUCAAUCUCGGCUUUUGAUAAGUAUUUUGAACAUACAAUACGUUUAUGUACCAAAAGUUGGAUGAGUGUUGCAACCAAUUUGGAGUUUUCAUUGUGGAGCAGAGUAACAAAAUGACUGACAACAAAUCUGAUAGAGCCACUACUGCCACGAGCAGAACAUCGUGUUCCUGCCUUCUACUGUGAGCUUUUAUUUUACUGUAACAAUGACCUGCAACAGUGAUAGUGAUAGUAGUUACAGUUGCGACACAAACUUUACAAUUCUGAGAAAAAAGUUCCAUUGGAGGGGGUCGUUAAUUUUUAAGCUACAUUUUUCUUGCUGUGUAUGAUAAGCAUACAUCUCUAAACAGUAAAGUAGUUAGCAACAAUCAUGGCUGAGACUGAACCAUAUCCUGUUCAUAAGUGUGUUUUCGAAGGGGAUAUUUCAAUGUUGAAUUCUUUGAUUAAAACUAAUAGUAUGAGAAAGCAACUAACAGCCAAAGACAAGCAAGGAAAUACUCCUUUACAUUUGGCUGUUAUGCUCGGAAAAAAAGAAUGUAUUCAAGUUUUAUUGACUCAUGGAGUACCUGUUAAGGUUAAAAAUUUAGCUGGGUGGAGUCCUUUAGCAGAAGCAAUCAGUUAUGGAGACAGACAAACCAUAUCAUCUCUUGUUAGGAAACUCAAACAACAAGCAAGAGAACAAAUGGAGGAGAGGAGACCAAAUCUUGUAGCAGCUUUACGACAAAUGGGUGAUUUUUACAUGGAAUUGAAAUGGGAUUUUCAAAGUUGGGUGCCUCUAGUUUCAAGAAUACUUCCAUCUGAUAUUUGUAGAAUUCACAAGAGUGGAGCCUCCAUCAGAAUGGACACAACUUUGGUGGAUUUUAAUGAUAUGAGAUGGGAAAGGGGUGAUAUAUCAUUUAUUUUUAAUGGAGAUCAAAAACCUAGUAAAUCUUUAACGGUUUUGGAUAAUAAAGCUAAGCUUUAUCAAAGAGUGAGAUACGAGGAAACUGAACUCGAAAUCGAGGAUGAAGUGGAUAUUUUGAUGUCUAGUGAUAUAAUGGCUGCCCAAAUGUCAACCAAAGGUAUAACGUUCUCUAGAGCACAAACUGGAUGGAUCUUCAAGGAGGACAAAAAAGAAAUGGUUGGACCAUUUAAUGCUGAUUUCUAUCAAAUCAAUGGCAUAGUACUAGAAAGUAGGAAAAGGAGAGAGCAUUUGAGUGAAGAAGAUCUACAAAAGAAUAAAGCGAUAAUGGAAUCUUUGACUAAAGGUUCGUCUCAAAGUUUUCAAAAUGGAGAGCCUACUAUAAGAAGGGCCUCAUUGAAUCCACCACCUGUGUCUAACAUAACUUGGGAGGAUUACAUUUCUGCUCUACCUGGUCAAUGUCCACUGUUGGGUAGGAACAUAGUAUAUAAAGAAAGUAGCAAAUCAUUCAAAGCUGUUGUUGCAAUGAGUCCUGACUUUCCUUUAACUGUCGAAAUGUUGCUCAACGUUUUGGAAGUGGUUGCACCAUUCAAACACUUCAACAAACUGCGAGAGUUUGUACUCAUGAAAUUGCCACCAGGUUUUCCUGUAAAAAUUGAUAUUCCCAUUCUCCCAACUGUCACGGCAAAGAUCACAUUUCAAGAAUUUGCUUUUAAAAACGACAUUGAUCCAGAGUUGUUUCAAGUACCAUCAGAUUACUACGAAGAUCCCAUGAGAUGUUAUGGAGCAUAUUUGGAUAUGCUGAUGGUCCUACAUACUGUGUCGUCUGUUUGAAGAUAAGAUUCCAG